GGCUAGGACCCCUCCCCAAUUCUCCAAGCCCCCCAGGGAGAGGAGAAAGAGGAAGAGGCCUUCCUCUCCAUGCCCCUUUCUCGGGAACUCCCUGGCACUGAGGCCAGAGUGACAGGACCACUUCUGAGGAGGCCUGGUCCAUAGGUUGCUCUGAAAGCAGCUCCUGGACCAGAGAGAGCCAGCCAUGGCAGAGGAAGUAUGGGUGGGCACCUGGAGGCCCCAUCGCCCCCGGGGGCCCAUCAUGGCCCUCUACAGCAGCCCAGGGCCCAAGUACCUGAUUCCACCCACCACAGGAUUUGUGAGGCACACGCCCACCAAGCUGCGCGCACCAGCCUACAGUUUCCGGGGGGCCCCCAUGCUCCUGGCAGAGAACUGCUCCCCAGGGCCCCGCUACAGUGUGAACCCCAAGAUACUGAGGACGGGCAAGGACCUCGGCCCUGCCUACUCCAUCCUGGGGCGCUAUCGCACCAAGACCAUCACGACCCCUGGCCCUGGUGACUACUUUCCAGAGAAAUCUAGCAAGCACGUGUUUGACUCAGCACCCAGCCACUCCAUUUCCGCCCGGACCAAGACCUUUCGAGUGGACAGCACCCCAGGCCCGGCCGCCUACAUGCUGCCUGUGGUGAUGGGGCCCCACACUGUCGGCAAGGCCUCCCAGCCCUCAUUCUCCAUCAAGGGUCGCAGCAAGCUGGGCAGCUUCAGUGACGACCUGCACAAGACCCCAGGUCCUGCAGCCUACCGCCAGACGGACGUGCAGGUGACGAAGCCCAAGGCUCCACAGUACACCAUGGCAGCCCGAGCGGAGGCCCCAGGGGACAAGACCCUCAAGCCGGGACCGGGAGCUCACAGCCCUGAGAAGGUGACAGUGACCAAGCCCUGUGCCCCUGUCGUCACCUUCGGCAUCAAACAUUCCGACUACAUGACACCACUGGUGGUGGAUGUGGAAUAGCCCCGG